AGCAUGCUCCCUGGUGGAGGAGGAGGAGCAGAGCCCCGGGACUGGCAUUUGAACAUGCAGCUGACGGGCAAGGUGGUGCUGUCCGCUGCUGCGCUGCUCCUGGUGACCGCAGCCUACAAGCUGUACAAGUCAAGGCCUGCCCGGACCUCUCUCGGGGGCAGGAACACCAAGCCCAAGGAGGAGGAGGAGGAAGCAGAGGACUUGGGACAGAUUGCCAUCCGCAGAACUCCACUGGGAGCACUUCCCUGGGGGCUGAGACACCGGAGGGGGAGCACCGGGACCGGAGCACCACUGGGCUACAUCUGGGAGACCCCAGGGGGCUCCCAAGUCCUGGCACCAGGAGCCUCCCCCAGAGCCGGGAAGCCUGAGAGAAAAGGCGCCAGUGAGGAGCAAGGCGGGCCGUGCCCAGACUUUGACCGGGUGCCUCCUUACUGCAGCGGCCAAGAAGCUGGAACAGCUGUUGGCGGUAAGCCCGAGCUGCCCUACCACCCCCAUCUGGGCAGUGAACCCGAAAGGUCCCCAAUCGGCCUCGCUGCGGCCGAUGCCAGUGGUGCAGGUGGAGACCCAGCACCGUGGCAGCACAGGGGAACCCCAGAGCAGCCAGGGACUGGGGAGCAGGAAUGCCCCCACCAGCACGGGCUGGCCCACACAGAAGGCGUGAGUGACAUGAACCGGAGCUGGAUCUACCCGGGAGUGACGGGAGUCAGCAGGGACAAGGACGGGGCCCUCCAGGCUUCCUCAGACCUGGCCCUGCACCAACAGGCGGGAGCUGCCAAUGCCUCCUAUACCUUCUCCUCCGUGGCCCGGGUCCGAGUGGAGGAGAAUUUCAUACAGGAGAAGGUGGAGGGGACCAAGCCCAGGCUGAAGGGCAAAGUGUACGAUUACUAUGUCGAAUCUACCUCUCAGGCCACCUCCAGGGACAUGAUGACCCCCAGGACGGCAGCCCUGGGGGGGGUGGCACCCCCUGUGCCAGGCCCCCAGGGAACAGGGGCAACCUGGGAAGACCCAGCUGAUGGCACAGAAGGCGGAGCCGAAGCAGCCGCCUGCCCCCAGCCUGCCUCGCCACCCCCUAAGCGAGGCAUCAGCAGGAAGGAGAGCCUCCUCCAGAUCGUGGAAAACCCAGAGCUUCAGCUGCAGCUUGACAGCUUUGGGGACCCUGCGCCAUCCUGCUCAGACCAGAGCGCUCUGCCCAGCUCACAUCCUCCAGGAUCUCUGGGGUCCAGCUCAGCCGGAAACAGUGGGGAGCCCCAUGUGCAGCUGGUGGCAGGAACCAAUUUCUUCCACCUCCCGCUCACCCCUGAUUCGGCCCCCAAAAUCCACCUGGAUCUGGGCAAUUGCUCUGAGGUGCUGAACUUGGCCAAGAGGCAGAACCUGGAGGCCCUAAAGGAGGCGGCCUACAAGGUGAUGAGCGACAACUACCUCCAGGUCCUGCGCAACCCGGACAUCUACGGGUGCCUGAGCGGGGCGGAGCGGGAGCUGAUCCUGCAGCGGCGGCUCCGGGGUCGCAAGCGUCUGGUGGUGGCCGACUUAUGUCCCCAGGAAGACUCAGGCCGCCUCUGUUGCUAUGAAGACGAGCAGGAUGCCUGGCACCCCCUGGCGCACCUGCCCCCUGAGGCUGUGUCCCGGGGCUGUGCCCUCUGCAGUCUUUUCAACUAUCUGUUUGUGGUGUCUGGCUGCCAGGGGCCCGGACGCCAGCCCUCCAGCCGCGUCUUCUGCUACAACCCGCUGACGGGCAUCUGGAGCGAGGUGUGCCCGCUGAACCAGGCGCGGCCGCACUGCCGGCUGGUGGCCCUGGACGGGCUGCUGUACGCCAUCGGGGGCGAGUGCCAGCACACAGUGGAGUGCUACGACCCCCGCCUGGACCGCUGGACCUUCGUCCCGCCGCUGCCCAACGACACCUUCGCGGUGGCGCACACGGCCACGGCCUGCGCGGGGGAGCUCUUCCUCACGGGGGGCACGCUGCGCUACCUGCUGCUCCGCUUCUCCCCGCGGGAGCAGUGCUGGCGGGCAGGCCCCACGGCGGGCGGCAAGGAUCGCACGGCCGAGAUGGUGGCGGUGGGCGGUUUCCUCUACCGCUUUGACCUCAACCGCAGCCUGGGCCUCAGCGUGUACCGCUGCAGCGCCAGCACCCGCCUCUGGUACGAGUGUGCCACGUACCGGACGCCUUACCCGGACGCCUUCCAAUGCGCCGUGGUGGACAACCUCGUCUACUGUGUGGGGCGCCAGCGCACGCUGGGCUUCCUGGCGGACCACGUCUCGCCCAGGUUUGUGCCCAAGGAGCUGCGGCACUUCCCCUCCCCGCGGGGCACGCUCCUGCCCACUGUCCUGACCUUGCCCAACCCCACUGUGCCUCAGACCAGGGUCUAGCAGCCCCUCUGCUGGGCUCCUCCUGCAAAACUGGCAGGCAUAGAGCACCCCCCUACAGCUGGUCGGUGGGCCUGCAGGGGGUCCAGGGAUUCGGCCUGCAGGGGAUGGAUUCUCGUCCUACCCACUCCAUUGUCAGGUCCCUGAGUUGCGUCUGUGCCUCGGGGCGGGGUGCAGAGGCCCCGUUUGAAGAGAGGACUAGAAAGGAACUGAUGUUCCAAGACAGAGGGCACCCUCCCUGGUCUGCAGGGAGAACCACCGCCUAGCUUCAAAUCUGAACUCGGUGGCAGGGGCGGCUGUGGAGGGCGGUGAGCCAUGGUUGGGAGCACAGGUUUAUCACAAGCACAUUUCAGAGGCCAGUUGACCCCCAGGGACCACUCAGGCUGACCCCACCGGAGAUGGGCCAGCUCUUCAAGCCCCCCAAGACCACUUCAUUAACACUAACACUGGCCCCCUCCGGAAGCAGCUGCACCCACAGGUGAGAAAAAUCAAGGAAGGUCCUUUUAGCAGGACUAAGGCGGAGCCCGGGGAGCCCCCAGAAUCCCCACCAGAGGGAGAGAGGGUUGGAGAAGUAGAACAGCUCCAGCUGAAGCUGCCCACAGGGACUCUCGCCAGUACAGUCAAUUUACCAAAGCCCACUUUGCUUUUUCUCAUUACCUGGAAUUCUAGUAUACUAGAAAGAAGCCUCCAUUUUUAGCAUCCAUUUGAAAAAGCACAUCUUCUUGCAGGUCCAUUCAAUAGAACACAAUUGAUUCUAUAUAUGAAGUCUCAGGAGAGCUGAAGAGAAGGGGUGAUCGUGGGGCCACCGUCCCCCUAGGUGCCUGCUCGUGCCUUUUGAAUUUUAACCAGUGAGCUCUCUCCCAAUCUCAGGACCCUUCACAAUGCAGCUCUCCAGGCCACCCAGCCCUCACAUCUGUGAGUCGGGGCAGCCACCCCCAGUCUGCCCUCCAUGGUUGGUGAGAGGGGAUGGCAUAACUUGCCCUCCCUGGGCCAUGUGGUCACCUGGGCCGCCUCAUCAGACAGGAGACCAAGGCGGGGCAAGUCCAUGAAGGAACUGAGGAGCUCAGGGUCUUUAGUGGCCCAUCAGGAGAUGGGGAUAUCCUUUCACAUUGGAUUUGGUAAAUCCUAGAGAAGAGAUACCCCAAUCAGGAGGUUACCCACUUUUCCUGGAGGGAAGAAAGAGAUUCUGGCCCAAUCUGUUGCCAUAGCCCCGCUCCUCCUCCAGGGAAGGUGCAUACAGCUCGGGGGACGGUGAUGCUCGCCAGCACACCAGCGCCGGGGGCUGGAGCCACUUCUACAGUGACCAGGAGCAUGGAGGAAAGCAGCAGAGACGGCAGGUGCACCAGGCAGACCUGACAAGGGGGGUUAGAAGGAUGCUAUGGAAUUCAGGGUCCCUAUCUUGAAAAUGGGAAGAGCAACUUGAGUCCUUCUCUGCCUUGGAGAUAAACAAGAACACCUGGAGAAAAUUCUUCCCAAGUUCCUGGGAGUCCCAGCAGAAGCUUGUGUCACCACAGCAGCUGUGCUGAGGCUGAGGGCUCUUUUGGAAGCUGGGGGAUUGAAACGAAGAAUGAGGAGGUUGGCAUGGAGACCAGAACUUUCGUUGGAGCACGCGAGGCCACUUUCCCUAUUCUAGUGUCUGGGAGGCGAGAGUGUUUAGAGUACUGCUCAGUUAGAGGCUGGAGAGGAAAGUUAGCUGAGACUGUGGCUGGUGCUAGGAGAGUAACCUCCUCCCACACCAAGGUCAGGCUCAAGCUCAAAGUCAACACUCAGGCUUGACUCUCCAUGGUGGGGGAGGGGGUGGCCGGGAGGUGACAGUGCAUUGUGAUGCCAGGCUGGGGAGUGUGUUUGGGAAGAGAACCCCAUCUGGGAGUUGGGGGCAGAUGGAGUCCCAUCCAGCUUCCAAGAGCAGGCCAGUGAGGAGCCAGGAUGAGAACCAACCUCAUCCAAGCUGGGUAGAAUGUGGGGUCAGGCAGUAAGCCAAGGGUAAACUAGGGAUCACUCUGGGGAUUGAGUGUGGGCAAGGAUUCCGGAAUAAAGUAGCAAGUGCAUUCCAGACCGACAGCUGCUGGGUGUGGUCUUCGUGAUAAGAUUUGGUCCUGAGAUGAGCUGAGACUGAGUUGAGAUUUCCCCUCCUCUGGUCCCUGGGCAGACAUGCUUAACCAAUCACCUAUCAUCUCAUCUUUUCUGAUGGUGCCCUUUUAACCUCAGAACUGCUCCAGUGUCAGACUCCAGUGUCAACCCAUAGAUUUCCCAUCACCAUCCUGGGUUUCAGGAGCUGAGUUUAAGGGACUAGAGGGUCAGAGCAUUAUGGGGGAGCCAGGGAGCUGGGGGCCGUGAUGGUCAGGAUUCACCUACAGGAUGUGUAGACCAGGCAACUUUCCUGGAGCUGCAGCUGAUCCCUCCCCUAAAGGAGUUCGCAUGUUGGGGGGUGAGGGCGCAGAAUAAGCAACUGUAAAAACCAAAUUCAUGAAUAACAGGAUCCUCGAUGCAUAAGUGCCACGGAGAAAGACAAGGCGGGGAGGGCGGUUAGAGUGAUGCUGUAAGAACACACUAAGCAGAAUGGGAAUCUGGGGUACAGACGACACCGGGGCUGGCUGGGGCCUGGAAAAGGCCAGGCCUGCCGCACAGCCUGCCUGGACCACCUCCAAGGAGCUCCAUCGUGAGUAACGUGAGCAGGCCCAGCUAUUGUGCUUUAGCCUUUCAUGGAAGGGCGAGAAUUCCACUGCCAACACUUAUAAGAGGCCCCAUGGAUGAGAUAAGCUACUUGUCCAAGGGAGAAGAGGAUGAGGGUCACAGUCGCCACCAGGACAUCCCAGAUGCCACUGCUAAGCCGUGCGGCUGGUGUCAGCCCACCCAUAGCACUCCAGGGGACUCCAGAGGUCAGAGUUCAGGGUUUCCACUUGACCUUGGUGUGUUGACCCCUAGCCCUCAGCCUCAGCAUGGCCUGCAUGUCCCUUGGCUUCCCCGUGGGUCAACUGUCCUGCUUUCCCACUAAAAGUCCUUUCUUCCUUGAGGAAAAAGCAACGCUGAAGUUUGAGCUGCUUUCCAUGUUGAGCCAAGCAUGCCAUUAUAGGAAAAAAUUGGAAAACAGAAAAGUAUAAAAAAACUCCCCAAUUUUACCACCUGAAGACACCCCCCCGCUGCGGCGCGUCCCUAUGGUCUGUUUCCUCCAUGUAUAAUUCUUGUUUGGCUUGAUUUUUGCGUAGGUGUGAUUAUGCUGAAUCCACAAUUCAGUUGCUUCCUUUUUCCCACUUAGCUUUUUAGAAUAAGCACUUUCCCGUGUUAUUACAAACCCUCGGUAAACAUCAUUUCAAUGGUUGCACGAUAUUCUGCCGGGUGUGUGGACCGUGGUUUAUUUAAACAUUCCCCCUCCUGUUGGGCCUGUAGUUUCAUGGGUUUUUUUUUUUUUUCCUCCUGUUGGUUUCUUUUUCUAUCAUAAAUAAA